CAGACUUCUGUCUGCUGUCGGCUUCCCGCGACCCGAUAAGCCAUAAGCCCUAAACAAACAAUCCGAUCGCUGUCGAUAGGCGCGCCAAUCUCGGGUAUUUAAAAUGACUUCCCAAACAUUUGAAGUCUUACUGUGAGCGUAAAUGUUGCUCUUUGCUUGUAUAGGUCCAAUCCUUAUCAAUAACUUAUCGCUUCAUGUAUAAUCACUGAAGUGAAUGCUUAAACGUCAAUAGUUCUCGCAUUGUGGUCAGUUGAGUUUCGCCGGCCGGGCAGUUUAGGCAAGGAAAGACAUUUUAGUGAAUCAUUUGAUUGCUGGCAAAUACAUAUACAAUAUGAAGAUUGAAUGGGCCCCGGUUAAGGUGUCGCCAAGGCGACGUUUGCAAACCUUGGUCACGGCUUUCUUCACCUUCUCCUUUUUCACACUGCCGCUGGUGUCGCUCAUCAUUCUUGCAAUGUUGCUGUAUUAUGGAGGCAUCAUAGUGCGCACACUUGUGCCCAUUUAUCUGGUUUAUGUGUACUAUGAUCACAAGAAAAAUCACUCGGCCGUGGAUGGUAAUGGUUGGCUAUUUAAUCGAAAUAACGCCUUUAAUCGCAACUACCGGGACUACUUUCCUGUAGAACUGGUUAAGACAGCUGAUCUUCCGCCAAAUAGGAACUAUAUAUUGGCCAGCUUUCCACAUGGCGUUCUAGGUACUGGGAUUUGCAUCAACAUGGGUCUGGACAUUGGCAAGUGGCUCUCAUUGUUCCCACAAGUGCGUCCCAAAGUGGCUACAUUGGAUCAGCAUUUCAUUACGCCCCUCCUACGUGAACUUUUGCGCUCCUGGGGCCUGGUUUCGGUGUCCAAAGAAUCGCUCACCUACUACCUUAGCAAAUCGAAUGAUCCGAAGCAUUCGGACAAUCGGGAUGGUUUCACAUCUAAUGCCGUGGCCAUAUUGGUGGGAGGCGCUCAAGAGGCGCUCGAUACGCAUCCAGGAAAAUAUAUUCUAACGCUGAAGAAUCGUAAAGGAUUUGUCAAGUUGGCUAUACGCACGGGCUCACCUAUUGUGCCAACAUUUUCAUUUGGCGAGGUCGAUAUAUUCGAUCAAGUCAAUAAUCCACCGGAUUCGCUGCUUAGACGUAUCCAAACACUAGUCAAGAAGUUGACGGGCAUUUCUCCGUUAAUUCCUGUAGGUCGCGGUUUCUUCAACUAUACCUUUGGAUUCCUGCCCCAUCGCAGACCCGUCGUGCAAGUUGUUGGGGCCCCCAUUGCGGUAAAACAGAGCGCGCAGCCCACAGCGGAAUAUGUGGAUGAGAUUCACGGACAGGUUAUAGCCGCACUGGAGCUGAUGUUUGACAAGCACAAGGAGAAAUAUUUGGCGGGCUCCAAGAACAUAAAACUGGUCAUACAAUAGGGCCAGAGUCGUGAUUUUGAUGGGCUGUAGUUGAAAUAUGUGAUUACAGGUUGUUAGUGAAGCUUCUAUUAACCAGUUUGAAGUAAUAAUUGUUAGUCCGAAUAGAUUGUUAAAACGCAGAGGCGUUGUUAUUUGUAACGAAAGCGUAUUUGUUUUUAUUAAUUUACCAAUUAAAUUUGUUAUACUUUAUAUACAAAAGGAAAAACGGAGUUAUAUUUUAAAUGGUAUUGAAAACUUAAACUUAAUUUUGCUUACUUUCAUCUCAUCUCAUACUCGUAUUUAUCGAUUUAGUUUUAACAACUAUAAGGGGCAUUUAAAAAUACAUGCUAUGCUAAAUUGAAUCGCAGAAUUUUUUUUGGUUUGAAUACGAGUAAGUUACAAUUAAAUUAGCAACAAAUCACCAUUUAGAGUUUUUGAAGCAGUAGAAAAUAUUUGCUGGACUAUUUUUUGAUUGAUCAGAAACUAUAGUAAUAGUGGGGCUAUUUUGAAUGGCAUUUUGUAAAGUCUAAUUAGUCGACUAUAUAAUUAUGUUAUGGGUAUUUUAACUACAUAUGUAUAUUUAACAUUAAGAAUUCUGAAAAAAUACAUUCUUCAAAAGGAACACUUGGCAUAAAUGGGCUGCUGGGUUCUUUAUAUACUCGUAGUUCUAUAAUUAUGUCAUAUACAUAGCUGGUGAGUGAGGAACUAAGCGAAUGGAUAUAGUUUAAAUGGAUGUUCUAUAUUCCAGCUUUAAUUUCGUCCAGAUCAUAUGCAUGUAUGUGUCGUGCCUUCUACGCACAUACACUACAUUUAAGUAGUAUAUAUGAAAAAUGUGAAGAUACUAUAUAUACAGUAUAUAUAUAUAGUCUAAGGAAAUGCAUUACUGUACUUUUGCUUACAUAUUUUUCGAGUAGUUUGUUUGCUUCUUGAAAAAUUGGGGGUUCUUGGGAUUCUUAAACGAUAUUUUGUAAAUUUUCUUUCAAAGAGUUAAUUAUGUUAUAUUGUGAUUAGUUUGUUGGUAUGUACUUGUAAUUUGUUGAAGUAAUUUUAGUAUAUUUUUGUUUAAAUUUAAAAUUAGAGUGAGUUGUGAGUUGUGCCAAGCUCGUAGCAUCGUUCAUACAUUGUUAGUAGAUAGUUUGUUAGCAUAAAAACUGGUCUAUGUAGUUUUCAUUCAAUAAAUACAGAUACAUUUGUGUAUGAUGUAAUUAAAUACCUAUGUAUAUUCUCUAAUAUUUUUGGGACUUACUUCAAGUUCUCUUUUAAACUCUUACUUAAACUUUUGCCGUACUUACUGCAAUUGCGAUAACAAAAAUAUAUGCUUUGUUUUCGUUUUAGUCAUGCAUUUUGUAAUUCUCUAAGCAAAUUCCAUUAUAUUUUGUUUAGCUAAUUGCUUUGUAAAAUAUUUACUUCAAUUUGGCAUUAAUUUAUAUCUCUUUUAGGGGGCACACAAAUACCGUAUGUUACGCAUUUAUGUUUACGGGCAUUGGUUGUCAGUUAGCAAGGACCAACAGGAAAAACAUUAACGGGUAUAUUGCAUAUGUCCUGUCCUUCAAAUAUAAUUAAUUAUAUAUUAUUGUAUGCAUUAUAUGUUCUUCUUCAAGGUACUAGCCAGGCUGAUCAUUUGCUAAAAGCGCAAACUAUGACAAAGGUAAUACGUGUAUUACUGUGGUUCCAAAAAGCGUAUGACUUUCAUUUAAUUUGUCGAUUUGUAUUUUUGAUUUGGUUUCGUUUCAUUUUGUUUUAAAUCAAUCCCUGAGUGCAAUUCGGAAUAAUUUAACCGCUUAAAAUUCUGUUUACUGUAAUUGCUGUAAUUGUUUCUCUCUUGGUGUUAUAGCUUCAUUUGAAUUGGGGCUUUGGUUUUGCGUAUCUUAUUUAAAGUUUCAGCAUUUUCGAAUUGAUUUGGUUGGGAAUUUCAUAAUUUUGUGUUGCAUUAGUGCUUGAGUGCUUUAAUUGAUUUGUUGACAUUUUGAAAAAGUAUUUAUUAGCUACAAAGACUUAAUAAGAAUUGCCAAUUUCAUUAUUUUAUGAAUAUAAAAUGAGACGUGCUU